CCCCCCCACCCCAAGGGCUCCUGGCAACGCGGAAUGUGGAGGUGUAGGGAGCAGGAGGAGUGCGUGUGUGAGUCCUGUACUGGAGCACUUGUCCUACUCAUUCCACUGAACAGCGACUCUCUGUAGUGACCAGCUCCCCCCUCCCCCCACCUCCCAGUCUCCACUGGGGUGUUACUCCUCCCAGCCCCCAAGAGACCUUCAGACCCUCCAAACCAAUAGGAGCUGGCCAACCAGAAGGCAGAGAGAAGGGAGAAGGUCACAGGACGGGGCUGUUUCCCCAGAGUAUUGCUGCCAUCAGCCUCAUUCACAGAGGCAGAGUCGGACGGACCGGCGUCCCAUUGUGCAGGAAUAACAGUGGACCCGGCAUGGGGGUCCUGGAUCCAGAAAGCCAGACCCUGGCCUCUGCCCAGCUUAGGAGGACCUUGGUGGUCCUCCUGUUGGCCAGCAGCCUCUUGGGGGAGGCCCAGAGUGAGAUCCUUGCCCGCUGUGAGCUGGCCAUGCAGCUUCAAGAAGGAGGCCUGGGGGGGUUUAAGGGCUACAGCCUCGCUGACUGGAUAUGCCUGGCCUACCAGGAGAGCAAGUUUGACACGAUGCUGAUCAGCACCAACUCAGAUGGCAGCACGGACUAUGGCCUCUUCCAGAUCAACAGCCACGUCUGGUGCUCUGACCACCUCAGCCAUUCGCAGAACCGCUGCAAGGUCUCCUGCAUCGAGAUACUGAAUAACAUCGUUGCCCACAUCCUCUGUGCCAAGAAGAUUGUGUCUGAGCACUCUGGGCUCAAAUACUGGUCUUCCUGGACGGAGCACUGUGAGGGCCGGGACCUCUCCCACUGGGUGGCCGGAUGUGACCUGUGACCUGUGACGAGCAAAGAUCGUGGCCUAGCCAGCUAAGAGUGGGGCCAGCCCCCUUCCUGCCUCUCACUUCUGCUCUGCUGCUCCCUGACUCCCUUCUCCCCACCCCACCGUCCUCUUCUUCCUUCUCUCAUGCCCCUUAUCUCCUUCCCAGUCCCCUGCCCGGUCAGGCCAUCAGGGCCCAAUAAACCAGUCAUCUGCUCCCA